CACAGAUAGAACAAUGAUCUUUGGCAGGGUUAGUUAUAAAAAAUAUUGGGCUAAACUAAAGGCUAAAGCUAGCAAGUAAUACACGGGUAAAUUGCAUUGGGUGGGUUUCGCCGGCCUAAUGUGGAAUAAUAAGAUGUAUACCUAUCAAUAACAUAGUGGUGGAGCGGAAUAGUUCCGUCUGUGAGUUGUGAUUAUGUAGACAGCGAUGAAUGAAACGAGUUGAAUCACGACUGUCGCUGGACAUAUGAUGGCGACGGAGCUGAGAGGCUUUUGGAAGCUGUUUGGGUCACUGAGACGUAUUUACACUUUCUCUCUUCUAUUUUUGUUUGUGCAUUGUCAUACGUGUAAACAUCAAGUCCCAUCUCUAUCGGAGGUUGUCCAUAAAGUAUAUCUGAAGUCGGAAAGAUUAACCAAAAGAAGCUCUGAUCAACAAUUAAAGAUACAAAUAAUUUAUGAUUCAAGUGUGGACAAGUUAACCUCAGAUAAAAGAAGACUUGUGAAGGAUAAACUUUUUCCACAAGCAAUUGAUUAUUUACAGAAGGUUUUUCAGGUUCGCCGGAAAGCAGGGCCUAUACUACUCAGCAGACAAUGUGUGACCAAUCAGUAUCUGAGGAAGAAAGAUGACCCUCACCGCUACUGCCAGGGAUCAUGUGCAGACAUCACAAAGUGUGGACCCGUCAUUGUUCCUGAGCAUCAUCUGCAGCAAUGCAAGGUGUGCAGCGAGACAGGGAGGUCGUGUGGCUCGGCAGGGCCUCUGGAUGGGAAGGGGGUGGAGGGGGCUGACUUUGUCCUCUAUGUCAGCGGGGUGACUACAGAACGCUGUGGACAGGAGAAUAUUGUGGCCUACGCUGCAUACUGUCAACUGGAGUCUGAGCUGGACAGACCCAUUGCUGGAUAUGCCAACCUGUGCCCCAAUAUGAUAUCCACCCAACCUCAGGAGUUUGAGAGCAUGCUGUCAACCGUCAAACACGAAAUCAUACAUGCCCUGGGUUUUUCAGCAGGGCUGUUUGCAUUUUAUCAUGAUUAUAAUGGCAAGCCAUUGACACCUCGGUUUGCAAGUGGACUACCAGCAUUCAACGAGAGUUUAGGCCUGUAUCAAUGGAGUGAUGCAGUGAUACGUAGAGUGACUCGAUUAUGGGACAUCCGUGGUGGCGUGAUGGUCCGUCAUGAAGUGCAUCUUCUAGUGACACCGCGUGUUGUGGAGGAGGCGAGGAGACACUUUGGCUGUCCCAUUCUGGAGGGUAUGGAGCUGGAGAACCAGGGAGGGUUGGGUACUGAGCUGAACCACUGGGAGAAGAGGCUACUAGAGAAUGAAGCUAUGACUGGAUCGCACACACAAAACAGGGUGUUUUCUAGGAUCACCUUGGCCAUCAUGGAAGACACAGGUUGGUACAGAGCCAACUAUAGCAUGGCAGAGAGGCUGGACUGGGGCAAGGGCCUGGGCUGUGACUUUGUGAUGAAGAGCUGUAAAUUCUGGAUUGAAAGGCAACGUCAGAGUCGUAAAGUGGUGACCCCUUACUGUGACACGGUGCGGGCCACACCCCUCCAGCUCACCUGCAGGCAGGACCAGCUGGCUGUGGCCGUCUGCAACCUGCAGAAGUACCCUCAGGACCUACCCCUGGACUACCAGUACUUUGACCAUAUCCCUGAUGUCUCUGUGAGGGACGUUGCCUCCUACGGUGGAGCUGUGGAGAUCGCUGACUACUGUCCCUUCAGCCAGGAGUUCAGCUGGCACCUGAGCGGAGAGUACCAACGCAACUCCUACUGCAGGGUCCAGGAGAACCAGCCCGAUUCGUGGAGGAACUACGGAGCUGAGCAGUAUGGUCCAGACUCCGUGUGUCUGUACCAGAAGACAGCCUUCGUCAUGGAGCAGUGUACCAGGCGCAUGACCUACCCUGACUGGGGAAGUGGCUGUUAUAAGAUGUCUUGCUCUACCCAGGGUCUGACAGUAUGGGUGCAGGACACUGCGUUUCAGUGUGUGCGUACGGGUCAGCUGCUGAGCGUCAGCGUGCGUGUUAAUGACUGGGUCUACAACGGGGUUCUCGUCUGUCCUGCCUGCUCAGACUUAUGUAGCGCCUGCCCUCUACCACAACAGCUCCCGCCCCUCAAUAGUACCAGGAGAGUUUCUAUUGAUCCGUGCUCCAGUUCCUCCAGCUUAGUGGUAACUCUGAGGCUUCUACUGUUCAACCUCAUCCCUCUGCUAGCUGGAUUUAUCCUGUGUGUGCAGAACUGACUGACUGACUGGGUGGGUGGGUGGUUGACUGACUGAUUGACUGACUGGUUGACUGACUGACUGACUGGGUGGGUGGCUGACGGGCUGACUGACUGACUGACUGAAAGGUUCUCUGCCUGGGGCUGUGUCCCAGAUGACACCCUAUUCCCUACAUAGUGCACUACCUGUGAUGGGCCUAUUGACUGACUGACUGACUGACUGGGUGGG